GGCUCACUUGCUUGUAAUCCAUCCUUCGCUUUUCAGAAUUUAACAAGAUUGAGUUGCUGUCUGUCUUUCUUCAAUUUUUUUAAAAACUAUUUCCCCUUCCUCAAGGUGGAGUCCAUGGAUUGACGCAUCGAUGUGGAGAGCCAGGUGGGCAAGGGAUCAACAAUCACCUUUUAUGUGCGAUUGAAAGCCAUGGCAGCGGCACCAGAAAGUGACACAUGUGUCAUUGGUGAUGCCAGAAUGAGGGCAAUCAGCCCAAUCCAGUUACCGAUAGAGAAGUUGGAGCUUCUGAGACGUCUAAACGACAGAAGCAAGACAGGUAAUUUCCGAAGGAUCUGCAAUUUCGCUUUCCAAGAUGGGGACUCUGUCGUUAGAACUCCUGGCACAACGUCUCUGUUGUGUCGAAAUUGGCUCCCUCAUCUUCUGAGGAUGGUGGGCUGUUGUCAAGUCAGGGCCCUCUGCCUGUUGAUGAAUUGCGUCUCAGGUGCCACGACGAGUCAAAGACAAACAUGCAAUGUGGAUGCGAUACGCAAUCGAGAGGGUGACGGGGAGGAUGCUGCAGGAAUCAGAAUCUCAGACGAGACGCCAGUCAGAGAUAACAGUUAUUUGAGGGGCUCAAUGGAGCUGGGCCCUAAUGGUGUGACUGGGGUCCCUGCUCCAUCCAGACAAGUUAUUGGAACUGGUUCACACAGGUUCGAUUUCGGUGGAGUAUCCCGUUUCGGACAAUGUGGAUCGGGUUUCACAGAAGGGAGGAUGCGACGGUGGGAGAAGAGGAAGGAGCAGAGUUUGCACAUCAGGAUGAAUGACGACGGAGCAGAGGCCCAGGGCAUCGUUGAUGUCACUGGGGUCACUUCUCUGCCGAGGCAACACAGUGGAGCUUGUGCAUAUGGAUCUGGUCUUUCCAGAGGGAUAUCCAAUCUUGGAGGAUGUGGAUCACGUUUUGCAGGAGGAAGCAUCCCAAGCCUGGAGAAGAUAGAAGAGCAGAGUUCGAGAAGCAGGAAGGGCAAGAGGGCAGUGGCCCAGAGCAGUAGUAGCAGCGUUCAACAAGAUCAUUCAGCCUUGAGCCCCUGCCAUCUGCCGGGUGGCAGGCCAGCAGCAGUCACAACGGGGUCGGACUUGCAGCAGGCAAUCUGUGACGAUGCCGUGUGUUUGGGGAGGGGCGUGCAUUGCAAAGCACGUGUUAAUAGAGUGUUUACACCACAGGCAGUCCAACCAGAUCAGAGUUCAAACCCUGUGUCAUUCACAGGUGCACCAGGAACAAGGGGACACAUGGCAGAAGAUGGCAGUUGGCCGGAAACCAAAUGGCAACGAUUACAUGGGGGCGCUCCUGACACUGUCGACAGAGACACCGGAGAUCAACCUGCUGAGAUAAGCAUAGUUGAUUUGCAACAUUCACCAGCAACACUAACCGGCCAGGCCCAGAGGCCCAUAGCUACCAACAUUGUAGACAGCUUGAGAUCUGCCAGCUGUGAUUGUCUUCUAGUAGCUAGAGGGGUGAGGGACAAUCAUACUCCUCCAUCUGAGUGUCUCUCACCGAUGGAAAGGGUAGCAGAUGUGGAACGCGAGCCGGGUUGUCACACAGUACCAGGUGUGGCACUGUGUGAGAGUGUGAUAGUGCCAAGGCCGAAGCUGCAGGCAGUGCCAUCGGCUGCUCCUUUUGGUGCCAGGCAUGGUGUUGACUAUUGGAAUCCAGAACAAAUAAGUGGUGGUAAUGCUGGUGGUGGUGAUUGCCGAGAUGGUAGCAUCCCAUGUUCAGGUCACACGACAGCUGAUCAUGAUAUGGCACAGCAGCCUCAGCAUUGCCGACAACCGGGCAUUGUUCAACACUCAGAGCGGCAAUAUGGAACUACAUUACAGCAGCAGCAGCAAUGGCAAUGCUGCUGUUCACCAGCAUAUCAGCCACAACGCUCUCACAGACAGCAAGGACUGGUGAUACAUGAACAGGGGAGAAUGACCAAGCAGGAGCAUGUUGGGAUCCGAAAGGAGGAGCAAAUGCAGCACGGGUUGCAGGAACGUCAGCGCCAGAAACAGUUACAGGAAGAGCUACAUCAGGCUCGGCAGCACCAUCUUGAUCACUUGCUUCAUAAAGCGCAACUACCAUCACAACCAGAGUUCAUUACCAGGGAUCGGGAGGAAUCAAAUGAACAGCUGUGGCAGAGGGAGAUGCAGGCACAACAACAGGACGAGUUUCAUAAAAGUCAUCUAGAACAUCCACUGUUUGAGCAACAAGGCCUGGGAGAAGGUGAUAACCCCUCCUGCGCACUCUCGGCACCCCAAGUCUCUCUGAGAGCAGGACCAAGUAACAGAAGAGCCAAGACAAAGGAUUGGCCUCGGAUACUUCUUGCAGAGGACAAUGCUAUUAAUGUGACAAUCAGCAUAGCCAUUCUCGAAGGAAUGGGUCUGACAGCAAGUGCUGUUUCAAAUGGGGUGGAGGUCCUGCAGGCUUUGCGGAUGGAUACAUAUCAUCUUGUAUUCAUGGAUGUGUGUAUGCCAGUAAUGGAUGGUUUUGAGGCAACUUCAAUGAUCCGCAAGCUGGAGAAGUCAGGCAUGCGGUCUGGACCAAGGGGAGUGCCAGGAAUCGUACCAUCAACUGCAAUGAAAGGUAUCAGAAUGGACGAGGGCUAUACCAAGAGCGGUGGCGUGCUCCAGAGUGGUAAGAUCCCGAUAAUCGCCAUGAUCACCAACGUUGCACCGGACAACGUUGCAAAAUGUUUUGCUUAUGGUAUGGAUGCUUGCAUCCCGAAACCUAUGACUGCUUCCAAGUUCAGGGAGUUUAUUCGCCAGUUCUGUCGAGGCGUCAAUCUCCUGGCCAACCUACACUGCUAGCACAGCGCACCGGGAACAAUGUAUGCAUGUACUGUGGCGUCGGCCGUGAAAGAGAACUGUCCGUCUUGGUGGCUCUGUGACCUGA